GCUACUUUUGACGCCAGCCAAUGAAAUCACAGCUUUUUCUCAUUAAGCUUUGAUUAGAACAAUCGAAUCAAUUUCUGUCAGUAGCUCAAAGCAAGAGGCCGUCCCUGCUUCAGUGCUUCAACAGAGCGAUCCCGCGACAUCUUUGAGUGAAAUUUUCGCCACGAAGGCUACGAUAAAAACGUUAACUGACCUCAUAGCAAGUUCUUUGGCAGAAAUGAGUUGAAAAAGUGUUGUUAUGGGGAAGAAAUAUAGCAAACAAGCUUGGAUUUCAAGAGAGGGACCUGAAGGCGACUGUGUGGUGGAGAACGAUGCUACAAAUCUGACGCUGAAUUUGGUAGAAGAACCGAGAGAGAAAAGUUCAUGUACGGCCGACUUCACAUACAAGGGCUACCCUGUCAAUGUACUACAAGAUGGGCCUUGUGGAUCAGAGAAAGAAUUCUGUAAGAAGUAUAAAUACUAUGAUUGCCCCAUUGAAGUUGUUGAAUUACCAGAAGAGCCAGAUGGCAAGAAAUUUGAGGUUGUCUUUGAACGCGAAGGACAAGUUGAAGCCUCUACACAAACCACAAGGCCUGUCACGGCAUUGAGUGAAUGUGGUCAGUCAGUGAAAUCUGUUGGAUCAGACAGACAGGAAUGGUCAUACACCCUUUAUGACUUUGAAGGUCAAGGUCAUGUCACUAGAGAUGACCUUAAAAACCUUGUCAAGUCAAUUUAUGAGGUGCUGGGAAAAAGCAUGUCUCGACCCAAGAGUGCGCAAAAAGACCCUGUUAAAAAACUCUGUGUGCGACUAUCACUCUCAAAGGAGAGGAGUAGAGAUGUGACAGAUAUGGCCAGGCCUGAGUGCUUUCUGACAACUAAUAACCUACAAGACCAUCCUAAGAAAAGCAAGGCUAAAAGAUAUGCUGCAGUUGAGAGAGAAGGCUCUAUGACUGUGAACCCCCCAUCCACAGACUUCCUUAGUCAAGUCAGACCACAAAGCAGCUUGGGUGAACCCACACACCCUGACCAUCAUGGCAGGAGUGGUGUGCAUCACCGCAGAUCUUCCUCCUGCAGGAGAUGUGAGCAGAGGCAACCCAUAGAAAAGGAUUGUCUGAAGAAUGGAACUAGGAGAGCAUUCAGUCCUGUUGACUCAAAGGGAAUGUAUCACUAUCCCAAGAGAAUGCAAACUGGACCUGGUGAGUGCAAUCCACCAUCAUCCAACAGUAAUGAAAUGGCCAAAGUAAAGUAUUGGAUCAAUCAGUGGUCUCAUACUUAUGACAAGAAUGAGGAUGGAAUCACUGAAGAGCACCAGAGGCAUAAACAUAAACAUCGUCACCGUGUCUGUCAGGCUGACAGUUUUGAAGUGGGCUGUGGUUUGCGUCGCUGUCCUCAGUACCUGGAUCUUGCCACAGACCACCUAACAUACCCUUAUCAUACAGGCAGUCAGUCAUUUGCAUUUGGCAAUACCUCACCAAAACCGCAACACCAUCACAAACAUAGUGAACAUACUCACUGUAAGCACAACUGCUGUAGAGACAGUGACAUGUAUCAUCAUGAUGGACAGCCUGUCAUCCAUCGCCAUGAACACCAUCAUCAUCACAGUCACCAUCAUUAUCAUCACUAUGUUAGUUAAUCAGGCCAUGAUAUAAUCACACAUUAUGUGCUUUUUCUUGAUUUUCUAAUGUGUACUUCAAAGUGCCUGACCCGUGGUGCUCAAAUAGGCAGAGUCCUUAAAUUUUUGCCAUCAGCUCGCAUUAGUUUCCCUCUCUGGUCCACUGAGAAAGCUAGUAAGCUAGGGUUGAAGAAAGCUCAUGACAUUGUGAUACUAGUGUGAUUGUUUGAAGAAGCUACAUUGAUGUACAUGUAGUUAAGUUAACAUGGUAUAUUAUUGAGCUCUGUCCAGCAUCUCUUACCAAAGGUUCUCAAGGAAAGUGUAAUGCAGUUGGUCCAAAUGUAAAGAAAUUAUUCAUGUAUUAUUAAAAUAUGUUUGGUACGCACAAAAUUAAAGGCAGGUUGAGUUUAGUCAUUUUUUCCUCUGGGUAGAUCUGAAUCAGUGAUUCAUGCAACUCUAUAAUGAACCAAAUCAGUAUCACACAGCUGUAGCAUUGAGAUCAGGUUUUAAAAGUUUUAGCACUCCAUUCUUAUUAUCGUGUAAUUUAUUGUACAUCAAGGAGAAACAGUAAUAGACUGAGGACAAUACUUAAGCAUUGCUUUUUUUUUGCCUUUUUUGGAAGUAGCCAUUUAUGUGGUGAAUAUUAUUGUCGUUUAAUUGCCACAAAAUGUGUUUCUAGUUAAAAUACACAGUAUUACCAAAACAGGAAAUGUACUUAAGACUUUUCAUAUUUGAGCAAUAGUGAAAUGAGGAAAAAAAACAUUGUUUAUUAUAUUAUUUUUCUCCAUCAACUAAAUAUAAGUUAACUUUAUUUUAAUAAGUAAUAUAUGGUGUAAACCCAUAGCUAUUGAAAGUUUCUCUAUGUGCUUACAGUGUACUGCAAAAAGUGGAGUGUAAGCUGAGUGUG